UGGAACUAUUUUUAAUAGUUUUCGAUUAGCAAACGGUGCAAAAAAAAUUUUUGCAAUCAUUUUCCAUUAGCUGAAGACGGCUGGUCACCUAAAAAAGGAAAAUGAGUUUUUCGCUACCAGCUGUUUGUCGAGUUUAUUGAAGUUGGGGUCUUGGCGAUCCAGAAUUUUUUUUCAUUACCGUUAUACAUGUUUUUUACCGAAUAUUGCCGGAUAUAAAAUAUCUACAUUAUACGAUAUCAGUUCACAUUACAUGAACAUACAUAAGUUAAUAUUGUUUGUUUAAUUAAAUAUUUCUUUAUGCAUGUAGGUAUUUUAAUUUUUCCUUUCCAAUAGAGUUCGGUUUGUUUACUUUUGUUGAAUAAUUGGUUCUUACCAAAUAAACUUUUUGUAAUACCUAACUUGCUAUUAAAGCUUUUGAAUCAACAAAGAACUCACCUAAGUCAAUUCGCAGGUGAACAUUAAUUAUAAGGAGGCAGUGUACUGCUUAUUCUGUUCAAAAUUUCUCUGAAAGUGCAAAAUAACUAGGCUGGGAAAAAUUCGAAAUAAUAGAAAAUGGAUAAAAUUUUUAUGCUCUGAAAUAAUAUUGUAUGCACAUUUCAUGAAAAGUUUUUGGGAAGAAUAAUUUCUUUCAAAGAAGAAGUAAUUAAAUCAAAGAAAAAUGUCUUCAUCUGCCAUAGUUCAACAAUUUGUGUCGGGGCUUAAGUCCCGUCAAAGAGAACUGCAAAAUAAAACUACUCAAGACUUGCUCAUGUAUGUGAAAACUGAGCUUCGUGAAAUGUCAUCAGAAGAAUUGGUACAAUUUUUCGAUGAUUUUAAUCAUCAUAUAUUUCACAUGUGUUCAAGUUCAGACGUUUAUGAAAAAAAAGGAGGAGUGUUAGCAAUAAUGUGCCUCAUUAGUGGAGAUGUUGUGAAUACAACAACUCGUAUAUCACGUUAUUCUAAUAAUUUGAGAAGUUUAUUACCUUCAAACGAUGUUACUGUAAUGGAGAUGGCAGCUAAAUCUUUAGUUAAACUAGCCUUAUUACCAGGAUCGAAAGGGGCCGAUUCCUUUGAAUUUGACAUUAAAAGGGCAUUUGAGUGGCUUACGGAGGACAGAAAUGAGUACCGGCGUCAUGCUUCCGUGUUAAUUUUAAGAGAAUUGGCAUUAGCUAUGCCGACAUAUUUUUACCAAUCGAUGUCCCGUUUUUUUGACAAUAUUUUCAAUGCCAUUAUUGAUCCCAAACCUGGAAUUAGAGAAUCGGCUGGAGAAGCUUUGAGCGCUGCCUUGAUUGUAACAUCCCAACGUGAAAAUACUAAACAAACUAGUCGACCUCAAUGGUACAUGCAGUGCUAUGAAGAAGCUAUGAAAAUGUUUACAUUUGACCCAGCAGUUAAGGGUGUUAAUAAAGAUGACCGUGUUCAUGGAGGCUUGAUAGUAUUUAAUGAGCUCUUUCGCUGUUCUAAUGCACAUUGGGAAAAGAAAUUUCAUGCUUUGAGAAACCUUCAACCAGAUCGCCGAAAGAUCUCACAAGCAGAAAGUUUACAGCCUUCUACACCAUCAGCUGGUAUUAUGCCACGCUUGAAAGCCCCUUUCAUUGAGAAAAUAAAUGCUAUGACGCAUGUACCGCAUGUUUCAACUUAUCGAUUCGAUACAGAACAUUUUUCUAUGAAAUUACAUGAGACCGUAAUGCAAGAAUCUGCCAAUAGUAGACAAAUCUUAACUGAAAGAUAUAUCGAUAUAUGCGAUAAAAUUAUGGAACAACGUGCAACAAGAUCUUUGCAUGUUCAACAAAGUUUAUUACAAAUUUUACCACGCCUAGCUGCCUUCAACCGAGACACAUUUGUCAGAAAAUAUUUAAAUUCAACUAUAGUAUACUUAUUAAAUAUUUUAAAAGGGAAAGAAAAGGAUAAAAACUCAGCUUACAUUACACUUGGCUUUUUAGCUGUGGCAGUUGAGAGAGAUAUUGAUCGGCAUUUGAAAACUGUGAUGGAAUUAAUCAAAUCAGCCUUACCGUCGAAAGAUGCUUCAAGCAAGAGAAAAACUCCAACAGAUCCGGCUGUAUUUUUUUGUAUUACGUUAUUAGGGCAUGCUGUAAAAUCUGGAAUAACAGCAGAUAUUUCAGAAAUUUUAGAACCAAUGUUUGCCACUGGCUUGUCGCCGUCUUUAACAGUUUGCUUACGUGAAUUGGCAGAAAAUGUUCCACAUGUUAAAAAGAAAAUUUCCGAUGGAUUAAUUAACAUGCUUUCCCAAGUUUUGAUGAAUAAAUCAGUACCCAUAAUAGGUACUCCAAAACAUGGUUUAUCGGCUCAAUUAACUUCCCUUUCUAUAACAGAAUCACAAUACGACACUGCGACGACAGUUCUAGCUCUUAAGACUUUAGGUAGUUUCAACUUCGAAGACAAUUCUAUGUUAGAUUUUGUACAACGCUGUGCUGAUCAUUUUAUUAGUCAUGAGCAACAGGAAAUUCGACUAGAAUCUGUGCAGACGUGCACUCGUUUACUAAAAUUGGCUAUUCAAAAUUCCGAUCCUAAGAAUGGGAACACAAAAACUUUAAAGGAAACGGUUUCUCACGUCUUAACAAAAUUACUAAUUGUAGGAAUCACUGAUGUUGAUUGUAAUGUAAGACUAAAAGUUUUACGAUCAUUGGAUGAAACUUUUGACAGCCAAUUAGCGCAACCUGAGUCACUAAGUGCUCUUUUGGUCACGUUAAACGAUGAAGUUUUUGAAAUUCGCGAACAUGCAAUCGUAACUAUUGGCCGCUUAUCCAUUAUGAAUGCAGCAUACGUAAUGCCAAGUUUGAGAAAGACAUUAAUUCAAUUGCUAACAGAAUUGGAAUACUCGGGGAUGAGCAGAAAUAAGGAACAGAGCGCUAAAAUGCUUGACCAUUUAAUAGUAAGCACACCUAGACUGAUUUCCUCAUACAUGCGACCUAUUCUUACUAUUCUUGUACCAAAGCUAAGAGAGCCAGAAUCAAAUCCUGGAGUAAUUCUUAAUGUUUUACGAGCAAUCGGUGACUUAUGUGAAGUAAAUGGCGGAUCAAACGAAUUAGAAUUAUGGGCUGACGAGUUAUUAUCUAUAUUAUUAGAAAUGUUAGCGGAUUCGGGAAGUCCUGAUAAACGAUCAGUUGCAUUGUGGACUUUAGGCCACUUAGUUACUGCAACAGGACGAGUAGUUUCUCCAUACCAUAAAUAUCCAGUUUUGAUUGAUAUUCUAAUAAAUUUUUUGAAAACCGAACAUAAUCGAAGUAUACGCCGGGAAACAAUACGCGUUUUAGGAUUGCUUGGUGCAAUGGAUCCGUAUAAGCACAAAAUGAAUAAAGGGUUAAUAGAUAGUCAAAAAAAUAACAUACUGAUUUCGUUAAGUGAUUUUAAAUCAGAUGAGACUCAAGACAUAUCUUCUGCUGAAAUGCUAGUUAAUAUGGGAAAUAUGUUAGAAGAAUACUAUCCUGCUGUAGCUAUAUCAACAUUAAUGAGUAUUUUGAGAGAUCCAACUCUGGUUCAACAUCAUACCAGUGUUGUACAAGCUGUAACUUUUAUAUUUCAAAGUUUAGGAAUCAAAUGUGUUCCAUAUUUGUCUCAAGUUUUACCAAAUUUGUUAGAAAAUGUUAGAACUGCUGAUAUGAAUUUGAGAGAAUUUUUAUUUCAACAACUAUCUACUCUGAUUGAAAUUGUUAAACAGCAUAUAAUUAGCUAUAUGUCAGAUAUUUUUAAAUUGAUUAAGGAAUUUUGGACUAUUAAUACACCGCUUCAACCGACACUAAUUAAUUUAAUCGAAAAGAUUGCUAUUGCUUUGGGUUGUGAAUUCAAACAUUAUUUAUCGCAGUUAAUUCCUCAAAUAUUGCGAGUUUUGCAACAUGAUACUUCUAAGGAUCGAACAGUAACAAUAAAAUUACUACAAGCCUUACAAAAAUUUGGAAAUACUUUAGACGACUACUUACAUUUGAUUGUUCCUCCUAUUGUUAAGCUGUUCGAUGGCUCCGAUGUUCCAAACCAUGUUUCAAUGGUUGCUUUGGAGACUAUUGAUCACUUGGCAUGGAUUUUAGAUUUUACGGAUUUUUCUUCGAGAAUAAUUCAUCCACUUGUAAGAGUUUUAGAUAAUAACAGUGAUUUAAGAGAACAAGCGAUGUCAACUCUAAGAUCUCUUGUUAUACAGCUUGGAAAAAAUUACAUAGUUUUUGUACCUUUAGUUCACCGUGUUAUGAAUAAGCAUAAAAUUACAUGUUCCAAAUAUGAAAAAUUAAUUCCGAAAAUUCAAAGCAAUACAACAAUUUGUUUAGAUGACGAAUUUCACUUGCGCCAGGCUAAAUAUAAAAGCAAUGAUGUAUCCUUAACAUGCAGCGACAACACUAUAAAACAACUUAAAGUUUCACUGACUGAUUUACAAAUGACUUGGAAAGCUACUAGAAGAGUCAGUAAAGAGGAUUGGUCUGAAUGGUUGAAAAGGUUAUCCAUAGGACUUUUAAAAGAAUCACCAUCCCCAGCUUUAAGAUCUUGUAAAACUUUGGCACAAAACUAUUCAAAGUUGCUUCGUGACUUAUUUAAUGCUGCUUUUAUAUCGUGCUGGACAGAAUUACCAAAAGAAUUCAAAAAAGAGCUUUCACAAGCUUUAGUGCAAGCUCUCGAAGUCGAAGAUAUGCCCGAAAUUACACAAACAAUUUUAAAUCUCGCGGAAUUUAUGGAACAUUGUGAUAAGGAAAAUAUUCCCCUUGAUCCGAAAUUACUUGGAAAUCGCGCUAUGGCUUGCCGGGCGUAUGCAAAAGCUUUGCAUUAUAAGGAAGAAGAAUUCCUGGUCGAAAAAAAUUCCGCUGUUUUUGAAACAUUGAUUUUCAUUAAUAACAAACUACAACAGAAGGAAGCUGCAGAAGGGUUACUUUCAGCAUAUAGAAACUCAGUUAACGAGCUAAAUCUGCAAGGCCGUUGGUAUGAAAAACUUCAUAAUUGGGAUCAAGCUUUAAAUCACUAUACGGAUAAUUUGAAACGGGAUCCAAAUGAUUUGGAAUCCCGUAUAGGGCAUAUGCGAUGUUUGGAAGCUUUAGGUGAUUGGUCCGUUUUAGGGGUAGUAGCAAAAAAGGAAUGGGAAACUUUGGGUGAAGAUGGCCAAUCGCGUGCGGGGCAUUUAGCUGCUGUUGCUGCGUGGGGCUUGCAAGAUUGGGAAGGAAUGCAGGAAUAUGUUAAAUGUAUUCCAGAAGAUACACAAGAUGGUAGCUUUUAUCGUGCUGUUUUAGCAGUUCAUUAUGGUGAUUUUGUUUCUGCGCAGCGAUUGAUCGAGGAGACAAGAGAUUUAUUAGAUACCGAACUGACUGCUAUGGCUGGUGAAUCUUACGAAAGAGCUUAUGGUGCAAUGGUUUGUGUUCAAAUGCUUGCGGAAUUAGAAGAAGUUAUUCAGUAUAAAUUAGUUCCAGAACGAAGGGAUAUUAUUAAAGAAAUGUGGUGGAAAAGGUUGCAAGGGGGCCAACGAUCUGUAGAAGAUUGGCGAAAAGUUAUUCAAGUACAUUCAUUAGUUGUCAGCCCACAUGAAGAUGUUCAUACCUGGUUAAAAUAUGCAUCAUUGUGUAGGAAAAGCGGAUCACUUAAAUUAUCGCACAAGACCUUAACAAUGUUAUUAGAAAUAGAUCCAUCGGAAAAUCCUGUUGAACCUCUUCCUAUUAAUCACCCACAAGUUUCAUUUGCUUACACAAAACAUAUGGCAAUGGCGAAUGAUGUCGAAGGAGCCUUUAAGCAACUAAGUCGUUUUGUUAAUGCUUUCAGUUCUCAACUAAAUUGUUCUUUAGAUGACAUAAAAAAAGAUGAUCGGAGACUUUUAGCGCGAUGUUACAUGAGACUAGGAAUGUGGCAAUAUAAUUUGCAAGGAAUAACAGAUCCGCUUGCUGUGCAAAGUAUAUUAGAAUGUUACGAUAAGGCUACAAUUUACGAUCCUAAUUGGUACAAGGCCUGGCAUUCAUGGGCCUAUAUGAAUUUUAAAGUUGUUCAAGCACAAAAACAAGCACUACAAAAUCAACAAGUUUCAUUGUCAGAACAAGCAAGAAUUCAAAAAGAAAGAAAUGUGAUUCUUCAAUAUGCUGUACCAGCUGUUGAUGGAUUUUUUAGAUCCAUCAAUCUUCUUCAAGGUAAUUCCUUGCAAGAUACACUGCGUCUCCUUACGCUUUGGUUUGAUUAUGGACAAUAUUCUGAGGUGUAUGAUGCAUUACUAGUUGGUAUGAAAAUGAUAGAAAUAAAUACGUGGCUUCAAGUGAUUCCUCAACUAAUCGCAAGAAUCGACACUCACAGAAGUUUGGUUGGACAAUUAAUACAUCAACUUUUAAUAGAUAUCGGUAAAUCUCAUCCACAAGCGUUGGUGUAUCCAUUAACCGUUGCUUCAAAAUCUGCAUCAGUUGCGAGAAAAACUGCUGCCAAUAAAAUUUUAGAUUCGAUGAGAAAGCAUUCUUCUUCUUUAGUUGAACAAGCGAUGAUGUGUUCUGAAGAACUUAUUCGUGUUGCAAUUUUAUGGCAUGAGCAAUGGCAUGAAGGUUUAGAGGAAGCCUCAAGAUUAUAUUUUGGAGAACGCAAUUUUCAAGGAAUGUUUGAUAUAUUAGAACCUCUACACGCAAUGCUAGAAAGGGGUCCACAAACACUUAAAGAAACUUCAUUUUGUCAAGCAUAUGGAAGAGAAUUAAUCGAUGCUUAUGAGUGGUGUCAACAUUUUAAAAAUUCGGGUAAUAUUCGUGACUUAGAUCAAGCUUGGGAUAUUUAUUAUCAUGUGUUUAGAAAAAUUUCUAGACAGUUACCACAACUUACUUCUUUAGAAUUGCCAUACGUUAGUCCUAAGCUCAUGACUUGCACUGAUCUUGAAUUAGCUGUUCCAGGAUCUUAUAAUCCAGGACAGGAGCUGAUUCGAAUUUCUCAUAUAAAAACAAAUCUUCAAGUCAUUACAUCAAAACAAAGACCUCGAAAAUUAUGUAUUCGCGGAUCUAAUGGAAAAGAUUAUAUGUUCUUAUUAAAAGGUCACGAAGAUUUGCGCCAAGAUGAGAGAGUCAUGCAAUUAUUUAGUCUAGUUAAUACGUUAUUGUUACAUGAUCCUGACACAUUUCGACGCAAUCUUACAAUACAACGUUAUGCUGUUAUUCCUUUAAGCACAAAUUCUGGUUUAAUUGGUUGGGUGCCACAUUGUGAUACACUUCAUACUUUAAUCAAAGACUACAGAGAGAAGAAAAAAGUACUUUUAAAUUUGGAACAUCGUAUUAUGUUACGGCUUGCGCCUGACUACGAUCACUUAACGUUAAUGCAAAAGGUAGAAGUAUUUGAAAAUGCUCUAGAAAAUACAAAAGGUGAUGAUCUUGCGAAGUUGUUAUGGCUUAAGAGUCCUUCGUCAGAAGUAUGGUUUGAGCGUCGCACUAAUUACACUCGAUCUUUGGCAGUUAUGUCAAUGGUGGGUUAUAUCUUAGGAUUAGGUGAUAGGCAUCCAUCGAACUUAAUGUUAGAUCGUUUAAGCGGAAAAAUUUUACAUAUUGAUUUUGGUGAUUGUUUCGAAGUGGCUAUGACUAGAGAGAAAUUUCCAGAAAAAAUUCCUUUCCGUUUAACAAGAAUGUUAAUCAAUGCGAUGGAAGUAACUGGAAUAGAAGGCACUUAUCGCAAAACAUGUGAAAGUGUUAUGAUCGUUUUAAGACGAAAUAAAGAUAGUUUGAUGGCGGUAUUAGAAGCAUUUGUAUAUGAUCCUUUAUUAAAUUGGAGACUUCUAGAUUCUGAUAAAAACCGUCGUUCGAAAAAUGAUGGUGGUGCUGGUGGUGCCGGAGUCGGUGGCGUUGUUGGUGGUGGUGCUAAUACAAAUAAUGGCAUGAAUAGUUUAAAUGGAAGUGAAGAAGAGCAUUUUGAUUUAUUAAUGAGCAACCAAAAUGUUAAAACAAAGUAUUUAACCGGAGAUGUUCAAACUCCGAUUGGUAUUGGUGGUGGAACUGGAGGAGUCCAACAAACUGAGGUAACCAACAAGAAGGCUAGAAUGAUUGUUGAUCGUGUUAAACAAAAAUUGACGGGGAAUGAUUUUCCAACACAAAAUUCACCAAUCUCAGUACAACAGCAAGUUGACUUAUUAAUAUUGCAAGCUACUAACAAUGAAAAUUUAUGCCAAUGUUAUAUAGGUUGGUGUCCUUUCUGGUAAAACAAUAAUCAAAUAAUAAACAUUUAACUUUAAAAAAUUAGUUUUAAGUUAAAUUGCGUUAUAUUUGAAUUGUAAAAAAAAAGAAAAAUAUAUUUAUAAAAAAAUUA